GAUUCAAAAGCAGCUCAACAUCUCUUUUGAUAUUUCUUUUCGGUUGUUCUCUUGUGCUUCUUACUCUUACUCAUCUCUCUCACCCUUACAUUUUGCCUUCUGGGGUGAUAUAAAGGUGUCCUGUCAAUCGAGUUUGGCCUUUCGGCGGUAGUCAAGAAGAAGGAGUAUCACAAUGGGGUUAUUUGGAUCAAAAAAUAAAGAAACGGGAUCUUCCCCUCAACCCUCAUUAUCGGAGGAUCAAGAAGCCGCCUACAAGGGAAAUAAUAGCUAUGUACCAGAUAUUCCAUCCGCGGAGGGUCAACCAGAAUUCGAUGAAUUGCACGUGGUUUGUCCCCCGCAUACAACGGAGGCAAAACUUAUGCGAACAAUCGAUUUACGUGUGAUUCCAUUUUUAUGUAUCUUGUAUCUUUUGGCCUUCUUGGACAGAGUUAAUAUUGCCAAUGCCAAAUCUUUCGGAUUCUCAACAGAUUUGAAAUUAACCGGCACGCAAUAUAACACUGCCUUAACCAUCUUCUUCGUACCAUAUGUCUUCUUCGAAAUUCCAUCCAAUAUCCUCAUGAAACGUCUAAAUCCAAACAUUUGGCUUUCGUCCCUCAUGUUCCUGUUUGGUCUCGUUAGUAUUUGUCAAGGACUCGUACAAAAUUUCUCCGGUCUUCUCGCAACCCGCUUCUUCCUCGGUCUAUUCGAAGCCGGUAUGUUUCCAGGUUGUUUCUACCUCAUCGGUAUGUGGUAUAAACGAUCUGAAGCCCAACGUCGCUACUCCUUUUUCUUCAGUAGCACCACAUUGGCUGGAGCAUUCGGUGGUCUUCUCGCUUCUGGUAUUGGGAAAAUGGAUGGAUUGAGAGGAUAUUCCGGUUGGCGUUGGAUUUUCAUCAUUGAAGGAGUCCUUACCUGCGUUGUCGCCCUAGCAUUCUUCUUCCUCAUUCCUUCAUUCCCAGAAGAUGCAAAAUGGCUCACUCCAGACGAAAGAGCAUACGUAAAAGCCCGGCUCCAAGUAGACCAAGGAAGAAGCGCAGCAGAGCGCAAAAUUACUUUCAAAGACGCAUGCAGGGUCUUCAAAGACUACAAAGUCAUUCUUGGAGGCUUCAUGUAUUUCGGUAUGAUCAUCCCAGCCUACGGAUACGCAUUUUUCGCCCCGGGUAUCAUCUCCACCUACGGUUACUCCCCAAUCCAAACACAACUCCACAGUGUACCUCCAUGGGCGUGCGCAUUCGCGUUCGCAAUGUGUAUUGCUUUCGCAUCGGAUUUCACACGUCAUCGAUUUGCAUUCACCGUCGCGCCGAUCUGCGUCGCAAUCACCGGUUUCGCUAUCCUUCUCACCGUUCACGAUAAUACUAAACUUCAAUACGCUGCGCUUUUCCUCGUAGCUAUGGGUGCGUACUCUGCCAUGCCGGUUAUAGUCUGUUGGUUCAACAUGAAUCUCGGCGGUCAUCAUCGUCGCAGCGUGGGCACGGCGUGGCAAGUCGGGUUCGGUAAUAUAGGAGGAAUUAUCGCUACCUAUGCUUUCCUUGCGAAAGAUGCCCCGGAGUAUAGAAUGGGAUAUGGAAUCUGUUUGGGAUUCUUGUGUUUGAGCGCGAUGUCAUGUCUGCUUUAUUUCAUGGCGGUCAUGUUUGAGAAUCGCCAGAGGGAGAGGAGACCGAGGGAUUUGGGUCUCACAGAGUAUGAGAAAACGGAGUUGGGAGAUUUGAGUCCGGAUUAUAGGUAUUUGUUGUGAGGGGUGUUGGACAGUGAUGAUGAUGAUGAUGAUGAUGAUGAAGGAGGUUGGGGAAAUGAAAUGAGAUCAAAAUACGAAAGUGGUUAAUGGGCAAUGGGCAAUGGGCAAUAAUGAAACGAAAGGAUAUGAUAUGAUAUGAUAUGACAGUAUACGAAUCGGCAUGUAUGUAUAGCACAGAACGAUCGAUACCAAAAGUUAACGGCUGGGAGGGAAAACGUGGGCGUAGUUUUAGUUUGAAGGGUGGAGAGAGAGGGUAUUUAGUUAACUAUGGAUACGUGAUUCAUGAAUUGAAUAUAACAUCAUCCUUCACAUAUC